AUGUCCCGAUAUGUCGGCGCAGCACCAUCGGCUCCGCGGAGGGGACCGCAUUGGUCCCAUCACCUUCGACAGUCGAGCUCGACCAACUCAGACCGCGCAUCCGAGAUAUCUGCCGCCUCGCCCAGGAGUGUUUCUACGCAUUCGACUGUCAAGGACGUAAAGGAUGAGAAGCCGCGAAAGACUGAGCGCUAUUGCGCCGUCACUCUCAAUGACGGAUAUUCGCGAGAUGAGGUGUUGCUAAACCUGGACCUGAUUGGUGGUGAUAUCAAGCCAGGCACCUUGAUGUCCAUCGCCGUCCUGAAAUCGGAAUCUGUGAAAUCGGCGGCGGGAUUUGGCGGCCUCAAGAAACAGUCGCAUGAGGACAAUGGCAGCUUGCGAUACCAACACAUCGGCCCCUGCGACCCGAGCUCCCUCGGCGACCAGUACAUCUUUGUCGCCAAGGAUAUGCCCAAGGAGACCAAAGCUCGGCAUCCUGAUAUCGAAGUACAAGUUGUUAAGCACAUUGCGGACAUAUUUGGAAUGAAGAAGGGGUCCAUUGUCCUACUGGCACCAGUUGAUAAUGACCACCCGGUUACCGAAGCUACACACGUGGAGAUGAUAUUUAAGGAUCAGUAUCUAUCACGAGCAGAUAUGUGGAGGGUAGCCGUCGGGGAACUCACGCAGCGGACCGUAUAUAAAGGACAGUCCCUCCUCUUUUUGGGCACGAUAAAGGCACAAAUCACGACAGUCUAUGUUAAUGGGAACAGCGUCCAAUCCGCUUACUUUGGCCGAGAGACGAGGCCGAUAUUUCGCAGCGAGUCAGCUAGAUAUGUCCUCUUCAUCCAAAUGUCCAAAGAGAUGUGGGACUUUGACUCCGACAGCUCUGGCGAAAUCAUGUUCAAUAAAGUUGUCAACGGGUUUCUGCCAGCCCUCUUUAAGAGGUGGGCCGUGCUCAAGGUAAAACACUUGGUCAGCAUUGUCCUCUUUGCUCGUGUCGAAUAUGAUACGGGCUUGACCAAUGAGCUGGACCCCUAUGGGAACCGGCGUCCAUACAAAGACUUCUAUCGAGUCGUAGUGAGUGAAAUGGCUAGUGGAGAGUGGACCAAGAUCCUGUACCAGCUGAAAAGGCAAUUGAACUACUUUCGAAAAGACAUCACUCUGCAUCACCAGACGGCAUUAGAUGGCCUGAAAGAAGGUGCAUCUGGAAAUGAGGCAGCCAGUCGAAUCAGAGCCGAGUCUUCCUUUUCCAUCCACGGCAAUAUUCUGGAGGCCAUUAACCUCGCUUGCGCACAAUUUGCUCACGAUUAUAUUGACCGGGACUUGACCAGGACGGGCAUCUCCAUCGCCGUCAUUAGCGCUGGCGCUGGCAUCUUUGAAGUGGAUUAUGAGACACUGCGAAGAACUACAGAAGCCCUUGACGACGACGAUGAUUUCAAAAUAAGAUGCCGGAUGUACGACCUUCAGAUGCGGAGCGCACUUGAUACGAAUGAGAUCGAAAUCACCCCGCUGCACUCGGACCCUCAUUAUCCCAGCGAUAUCUUUGAGAAGAGUAGCUUCUUGAAGAGACGCCAAGAGGCGAUUGGCGAUAUCUGGUACAACCCCCCGACUCGUCUUCCGGAUCACCUAUACGAUACCAUCCAGGGGAUUCAGAGGUUCUCGCCCGAAAGGCAUGCGCGGCCCGCGGAAAGACCUUCUUGGAGACAGCUACAGGAAUUUGAUGAUUCUAGAGCCAUCCUGACUCGCCACAAGCGCCACCACCACCAUAGCUCGGAAGCAGGUGGCAGGUCGGACGAGACUCGAAGGCAUCAUAUGGAGGACUUGAACGUCCUGGGCUCUUCUCUCCCAGAAAAGAAAUUAUUCAAUAAUGUCCCUUCGGCUAGGAAGCUCUCCAUGAACCAAGCAGAGAUGGAGAAACCGAACAUGUUCUCAAAGCGAAAACUACCAGAUCCGCUACCUCUGAAAGAAUCGCCUUCUACACAGCAAUUACCACUGCCGGCCCCCAAAUUUAUGAAACAAAUCAGUCUUGGGCACCGAGGAUUUGGCAUAGCAGCUCCAAAGAUUGCAGCAGCCGAAGUGAAAGCAGAAACUGUCAAUGCAGCCGUUACCAAGUCAAACGCACCACCAACUCCUCGGUCACGUCCAGAUUUGAGGCCGUCCACUCCGCAAACAAUCCGAAGCCAAUCGCCAUUCUCAGUUAACAGGCUCAAGCCGGAGACGACUGAUCCUGAAAUGGUGAGAAUGUCAUCAACGCCAAGCAUCCCCAUCCUGAAGAAAAACGGGUCGAAUCGUCACGAUAUGCAUUUGUACAACCUAAAAGCGGGAACACCUGCACAUACUUCAAUAUCCCGCGCUCAUGGUGACAGUCCCGAAGAUGACAGCGAGUUGUAUCAAAACAUGUUCCGCACGGAAGAUCACAAAGUCGUCCUGAGCAAACUUCGUGCAGGAGUUGGCGUGACACCGGAGCCUCCUGUGACGGUUUCGCCAUCUUCGGCAAUCAGUCCUUGGCUGGUGUUGUUGAAUCCAUCUGAUCCAGAGAAGAAUCAGAUAGACGCGGCCAACUUGUACACGCGCUGGCAGCACAUCUUUCCUCGCAUCUCCGAGAUGAAAAUACAGAAAUGGAAAGCCCUCUGCUGCCCCGCUGCAGUUCCAUUGACGACUGAAUACUUUCCUACUAGAGCCCAGUUCGAUACCGAGUAUCAGAGGCACCCUUACAACGUGGAUCAAAACGCAGACGAUGACGAAGAACCAAAGACUCGACAAGAAUUUAUCAGCGAGCUGAUUAGUCUCCGAUUUUCACAAGGAUUUCAGGUGGUAGUUGGUCCAGCCGUGGCGAGAGCAUUUGGCCAAAAGGUGAUCAAGCUCGGAGACAUAUUCUCGCGUGACCAAGUUCUUGAAGACGGCACGAGUAUAUUCAUGUCUGUCGGCAACAUUAUUCAUCAGCUCUCAUGCGUAAAUGGGACUGAGGUAGAAGUCAACAUCUACAUUAGAAAACCCACGGCAGACAUGUCAGGAUUGCCAGAGGGAUUCUCUCCCAUGUACAAGCCGGCCAUCCGAACGCUGUUUGAUACAGACUAUGAGGCCCGACAUAUAGAACUGCUAUCGAUUCCAAGGCCCGACCGUAACUGGAACAUGAUUGAUUCGUACGCUGCGGGUCAUCACGAUGAAAUGAUGGAGAGCCUGCGCUUCUGGAGGGCCCGAUUCGUCCUCAUCCCACUGGUCGCCCACAAUCCUUCGGUGCCCAGGACCCAAAACGGUCUAUAUCCUGAAGAAAUCAGGAUAGAGGGCAUCAAGCGGUUGGCACAGCUGUGGCAGAAGAAUCGCUACAUACCGCCAUCGGAACGCCGGUUCCAAACUGCCAGAGGGCGCAGGCAGCUGGACCGUAGUCCUCUGGAUAUUGUCUACAAGACAGAGGAUCCGUCCGUUGUCAUUGCAGCUGAGCUGGAAACACUACCCCUAAUCGAGGGCCUCGAGGGCGGCAUGAGUAAGAAGCAUCAGCUCGUAUCGAGGAAAGACCGAUUUGAAAAAUCCAACUUGAACUUUUCUGUCUUGGCCGAAGCUAUGCAGCAGCCAGUGGAACAGGGCGGCGUGCCUCUGCGGAACCGCCGCUGGCAUCUUCGUUUGCAUUAUCACUCUUUCCUCGGGUCUGAUAUGACAACGUGGCUAUUGGAGAACUUUGAUGAUCUCGAGACGCGUGAAGACGCAGAAGAUUUAGGCAAUGCUCUGAUGUCUAAGGGGCUUUUUGUGCACGUCGAAAGACGACACCGUUUCCGAGACGGUAAUUACUUUUACCACAAGAAGAAGGAAAAUCCCCUGCCCUUGACACCCAUGACGGAGUCGUCCAUGGGCUCGGCACAUAUAGCCAAGAGUCGCCCCAAGGUUAUCCUCAGCAAGGUCAUCAAAUACGAUGUGGAUCCUAGGAAGAGGUCAUAUCGCCCUGAACGGAUUGACCUACACUACGACCGCCUUCACAACCCAGACAACUGCUACCACGUGAGGAUCGACUGGAUGAACGCAACAGCCAAGCUCGUGGAAGACGCUGUCGAUGUUUGGGAGCGCGAGGCUAGCCAGUACGGCCUUCGCCUCGUCGAGGUCCCCAUAAGGGAGUCCAGCGGCAUCACGGAGGUCAAUCCCUUCCGUAAGCCAUUCCCCAUCAAGCUUGCGGUCCAGCCACCCGACAAGCAGCCCGAGACGUUUUACGAUCCAAACUCUCUGGGACCGCAGACGGUCCCGACGAAGCACUUUUAUCAAAAAUCUAUACUGCGGCACUUUGACUUUGUGCUCGAUAUCGAGGCGGCCUCGAAUUAUCCCAGCAAUGUAGACAUUAUCUACUCUUGGGGGCGUCCGGAUUACAGAUACACGCAGUACAUUCAUCGCUCGGGAGUCCUUCUCGCCCAGGUGACGGAUGAUGGCAACUUCAUCGUGUUGGCAAACAGGCUGUACGGCAGAAGAGCUGUGAAGGAGAGAGAGGCCGCGGCACGGAACAUGGCCCCGAUGGAGCCGCCUCGUCGCUUAACGGACGGAAUCGGCCCACGAGUACCCUCGUACGACUCCUUCAACCUCUCGGAAUCAGUCAUGGCGGGCUCCUCGAUGCAUCAUGCUGCUCAUCAGGGGCACCUGCAGCACCAUCACCACGGUGGGAUACAUCAACACCAGCAUCACCACCACUAUCACCAUCCAUACCACCACUACUCGCCCAGCAUCAAGGCUGUCAACAUGUCCGGCCCGACCAGCGACAGCCCCGUGGGCAAAAGCUCGAGCCAGCAUCAUCAGUUCCAUUCCUCCACCAACCCCACAGCUCAUCUUGGCGAGCCCGAGGCCAUCAAGGAAGAGCUCGAGGCAUUCUGUUCCGAUGCCGCCGCCCUCGAGGCGUUUUACAAGGAGACGCUAGAAAAGGCCCAGCACAUCGAGGGCACGCCCGCCGUCGCCGCGGCGGCCGGUCCACCGGGCUUGGAGGCCGUGCCUGAGGCGAGCAUCCCGUCGUUGGGCCUGCCGCCGGGCGUUUUAGCAUCUUUGGAUGGGGGAGGGCCGGCGGCGGCGGCGCUGAGGAUUGGUAGCCCGAUGAUGUUUUUGAGGAGGGGAAGUGUGCAAUUUGAUGGCAUGGGGUUAGGAUCUAAGAAAUGA